AUUUUAUUGACAUGUCGUUUCCCUGACAGCUGUCAGUGGCAAUAACAAAAAUGGCGCAGGUACCACUUUAUGGGGUGAAAACACACGCUCAAAAGGUUUGCUCCCUUUAUAAAAGAGCUUUACGCAACUUAGAGGCGUAUUAUGAUAGACGCAAUGUAUACCGUUACCAGGCAGUGUUGCUCCGAGACAGGUUUGACAAGAAUGCCAAGGUUACCGACAUGAGGAAAGCGGUUGAGCUGCUGAAGGAAGGAGAGGAGGAGUUAUUCUUAACUCAACAUCCCAUUCCAAGAGCUUUCCCGACCAGCCAAGGAGGUGUGGCUCACGCGCGUGUGGUAACUCCCCCGGACUGGGUGAUCGACUACUGGCACCCAUUAGAGAAGGCCCAUUUCCCCGAAUACUUCAAACGUCGUGAGCAACGCAAAAAGGAGUUCAUCGCUAUGUGGGAGAAAGAACACGGUCCCGCUGAGAAGAAGGAAGAGAAACAUUAAGAUAUUGUUGUAUAGUUAUGUAAUAUAGUGAAUUGCGUUUAUUUCGAA